AUGUCGGAACGUAAAGUAUCAAAUAAAUAUUAUUCACCGGAUUUUGAUCCAUCAGAAAUACCACGUAUGAAGUUGUCAAAAAAUAGUCAAUCUACUACGAGAUUAAUGGCACCAUUCAAUAUGAAAUGUAAUUCAUGUGGUGAAUAUAUUUAUAAAGGAAAAAAAUUUAAUGCUAGAGAAGAAGAUGUUGAUGGUGAUGAUUAUCUUGGUAUAACAAUAAAGAGAUUUUAUAUAAAAUGUACAAGAUGUUUACAAGAAAUAUCAUUCAAAACUGAUCCAGAAAAAACUGAUUAUGUUAUUGAAGCUGGUGCAACAAGAAAUUUUAUGGCACUUAAAUUAGCUGAAGAACAAGCACAAAGAGAAGAUGAUGAAUUAAAAGAAGAAGAAGCAACAAAUCCAAUGAAAUUAUUAGAAAAAAGAAUUCAACAAUCAAAACAAGAAAUUGAUGUUUUAGAAGCAUUAGAUAAUUUAAAAGAUUUAAAUAGACGACAACAAACGAUUGACUAUGAUCAAAUGUUAGAACAAUAUGAUACAAAAAGUGCAAGAGAAAAAACAAUUAAAGAACAAGAAGAAAUUGAUGAAGAAUUUGUUCAAUCAGUAUUUAACAAAAAAAAACGUACAGUUGUCGAAGAAGAAAUUAUUGAAUUAACUGAAGACGAUUUAUUGCCUUCAAAAAAAAUCGCUAAAACUGAUAAUGUAACGUCUGUUCAUGACUCAACAUCAGUAAGCAUUAACAAGCUAAUAAUUUAA